UCUUCUUUGUGGGUUUGUUCCUAAAUUGAGAAUUUUUACACUUUAUAUCCACGCCUGUGUUUUAUUUGGUUGAAAGUUUGAAGCUUUAAUUAGGAAAUUUGGUAGCUUGUUGAAGUAUUUGCAGGCUUUGUUUGAUUAUUUUUGUGUGGGUUUUUGUGUUGUGGCGGAUUCUUUGGUUAUUUUUAUUUCGCUGCUUGAUUUUGGUGGCAAUAUAUGAUUGAUUUGAAUAUGUUUAAUCCUUUUAGCUGAAAAAGCUUAAGGUUUUGGAAAUUUUAUGUAGGAGAGAUUGUUUCUUUGCAGUCUAAAGCUGAUUACAUAAGCAUAUUAUGUGCUCAGCAAAUGUUUAUUUCUUGAUGGUCAGCACUUAGCACUCUACUUUGAGCUCAAACCCACCCUUGAACUUUCUUUUACUUCAAGUGAUUUGGAGAUUAGGGAUAAAUAGCAAUUGGUUUUUCUUUCCUUCUUGUAUGCUGUAAUGAGUGUCGAAAGAGCAAUAAAUUGGCUAUGUUUCUACAUUUAGAUUUUGAUCGGUGCAAUGCUGCUGUUUUUUCAUCAUUCAUGGUAUGAGCUUUUGAUUUAGAAAGACGACGUUUUCACUAUUAGCAAGUCCUGUGAUGAAUCUAUGGUAUGACAAAUUGCACAAAUACAAUGAUCUGUGUACCUAAGACUAAUAGAGGUACUCUAUAUUUGAAUGGGAUGAAUAAUGUUUAUCUGGAGCUAUAUGAAUGGGGUAAGUUCCCCAUGAAACUGUGAAGCUUAUAUUCCAUUUUCAUUUCUUGUUGUUCUUUUAUGCUCAAUAAAUCUGGUUCUUAACUCAACCAGAUAAGGUCCAACGUUUUACUAUUUAAAAUCUGCUAGCAUGAUUUUGCGACUCAUUUCGUUCUUUCUUUUCAUUCUUUUCGGAACUCUUUGUUGUUUGAAUGGGUGAGUUGUGUGGAAUAGGGACGCCGUUUUAUGUGAUAUAAUGCUAACGAACAAUGGAGCAUCCUCUUUUGCACUAUGUGAUGGAACACAUGUCUGUCGUUGGUAACAGAAGUGAGCAUAAAUAUGUAGAGAAGAUUAAAUCUGAGGGAGCGGUACGCCUACUUGAACCGGAUAAUUGUCCAAAUGGUUGGGCUUGUCCGCCUGGAGAUAUAUUCAAGGUAAGAGGUCCAGACUAUUUGACAACAAAGGUUAAAAUUCAGGCUGGAGACUAUGUUCUAAAGCCGAUUGGAUUUGACUGGAUUAAAGGUUCUGCAAAGAUUGCGGAGGUUUUAAAAAAUCCAAAUAGCCGUGUGAGAAAGGUUAUUGAUGACGAGUUUCAGACAGGUGAUAAGCCUUUUAUUUGGGCAUUCAAUCUACAAGUUCCUAGUAAGGAUAAUUAUAGUGCUGUAGCUUAUUUUGUUGCCACCGAACCAUUUCCAGAGGGAUCUUUGAUUGACCAGUUCUUGAAAGGGGAUGACGUGUUCAGAAAUUCAAGGCUUAAGCUUAUUGCAAACAUUGUCAAAGGCCCCUGGAUUGUUAGAAAGGCUGUUGGGGAGCAGGCUGUGUGCAUAAUUGGGCGUGCCCUUACCUGUAAAUACUGUGUAACGGAGAAUUUUUUCGAAGUAGAUGUAGAUAUUGGAUCAUCUGUGGUUGCCAGUGCAAUAGUUCAUCUCGCAUUUGGUUACAUCACAAUGCUGACUGUAGACAUAGCCUUUCUCAUUGAGGGUCAAACGGAGUCUGAGCUGCCAGAAAAACUCUUAGGCGCUUUCAGAUUUUCUGAUCUGAACCCUGCUUCUGCUCAUUCAUUUGAGUCGUCAUCUUACGAAAGUUCCGAUAGUUUACAAACAUCAUUACCAACGCGAUUUUGGAAGUCUCUUGGACAGGGAUUUUCCCAGCUUCUUCAUCCUGGUGCUCAAGACAGUCCUACCGCUAUCAUGGCCCAUGCUAAUGGAAAUUCCAAGCAUGAAGAUGAUAAUGAAGUUGUCAAGAAAUGGUAAGAGUUGCCAGUCAUGAUUAUUUUGGCAACGAAAACAGAUGAAUUGGCUGCUCUUGUUGGAUUGUAAAAACAUCGCCUUGCUACUGUGAAUCAUCCAAUGUUCGUAGCAUCUGUGCUGCUCGAUCUGUAGCAAAUCUCAUUUGAUAUUUGCAGUUGGUAGAUGAUUGUAUUGGCAGUGAACUAGUUCUUAUAUGUUUUGUUGGCAGGAUAGAAAAUGUAUCGAUAGGUCGUUGAUUUAAUAAUUAUCUCUGUGUCUAUAUAAUUGAAUCAUUGAUGAAUUAACAGCAGUGCACUGCUAUAUUUGAAAACUGAGGUUUAUUGUUUCAAGUAGUGCAGUGUUGCUUGAUUUGGAUAUCAGGGACUAAAUUGGACAUUUUUAUACAGAAAUUUGUAUAUUAGUAUUUAUUCA